UCUCUCUCUCUCUCUCUCUCUCGUGCGCGCGCGCGUGCUCUCCGGCGAGGCGGCGGCGGAGGAGGACGAGGAGGAGGCGGCGGAGAUGAGCGUGUGGAACUACGUGGUGACGGCGCACAAGCCGACGAACGUGACGCACUCCUGCGUCGGCAACUUCACCGGGCCCCAAGAGCUCAACCUCAUUAUCGCGAAAUGUACACGUAUCGAGAUCCAUUUGCUUGCUCCCCAUGGUCUUCAGCCUAUGCUGGAUGUACCAAUAUAUGGGCGAAUUGCAACACUUGAGCUCUUUCGUCCUCAUGGUGAAGCUCAAGAUUUCCUAUUUGUUGCUACCGAGAGAUACAAAUUUUGUGUUCUCCAAUGGGAUGCAGAAUCGUCAGAGCUCAUCACAAGGGCAAUGGGGGAUGUUUCUGAUCGCAUUGGUCGCCCUACAGACAAUGGACAGAUUGGUAUUAUAGAUCCGGACUGUAGGCUGAUUGGUCUCCACUUAUAUGAUGGCUUAUUUAAGGUUAUACCCUUUGAUAACAAAGGACAACUAAAAGAAGCAUUUAAUAUCAGGCUUGAAGAACUUCAGGUUCUGGAUGUCAAGUUUCUAUAUGGCUGCUCAAGACCGACAAUUGCUGUGCUUUACCAGGAUAAUAAAGAUGCACGGCAUGUUAAGACAUAUGAAGUUGCACUUAAGGAUAAAGACUUUGUCGAAGGCCCAUGGUCGCAGAACAAUCUUGACAAUGGGGCAGGACUUCUAAUACCUGUUCCAAUGCCUUUGGGUGGUGUUAUAAUUAUUGGUGAGGAGACAAUAGUGUAUUGCAGCGGUACUUCCUUUAAAGCUAUACCGAUCAGACCAUCAAUUACUAGAGCCUAUGGGAGAGUCGAUGCUGAUGGUUCUCGAUACUUGCUUAGUGAUAACACGGGCCUUCUCCAUUUACUUGUCAUCACUCAUGAGAGAGAAAGGGUAACUGGUCUCAGAAUUGAGCAAUUGGGUGAGACCUCUGUUGCAUCAACAAUAUCUUAUCUUGACAAUGCAGUUGUUUUUGUGGGCUCCAGUUAUGGUGAUUCACAGUUGAUCAAACUGAAUCUGCAACCGGAUGCAAAAGGUUCAUAUGUUGAAGUACUUGAAAGAUAUGUCAAUCUUGGGCCCAUUGUAGAUUUCUGUGUAGUUGAUCUUGAGAGGCAAGGGCAGGGCCAGGUUGUCACUUGUUCAGGAGCUUAUAAAGAUGGUUCCCUUCGCAUAGUUCGAAAUGGAAUUGGGAUUAAUGAACAGGCUUCUGUGGAACUUCAAGGCAUCAAAGGAUUGUGGUCUUUACGGUCUUCUAUGAAUGAUCCGCAUGAUACCUUCUUGGUUGUUAGCUUCAUCAGUGAGACACGUAUUUUGGCAAUGAACAUGGAGGAUGAAUUAGAAGAAACUGAGAUAGAAGGAUUCAAUUCACAAACACAAACCUUACUUUGCCAAAAUGUUGUGUAUGAUCAGCUUGUACAGGUUACUGCUAUAUCUGUUGGAUUAGUCAGUUCGACCACUCGAGAGUUGCUUGAUCAGUGGAAUGCACCUGCAGGGUUUUCAGUGAAUGUUGCAGCUGCUAAUGCCUCCCAGGUUUUAUUGGCUACUGGAGGUGGGCAUCUUGUCUACCUAGAAAUUGGGAAUGCAAAGUUGGUUGAAGUAAAACACAUUCAGCUGGAAUAUGAAAUCUCCUGUCUUGACAUAAACCCGAUCGGUGAGAAUCCCAAUUAUAGCUCACUAGCAGCAGUGGGAAUGUGGACAGAUAUAAGUGUUAGGGUAUUCUCACUCCCAAGCUUAGAACUAAUGACAAAGGAAAAUCUGGGUGGAGAAAUCAUUCCUCGCUCUGUUCUUCUGUGUAAUCUCGAAGGGGUGUCGUAUUUGCUUUGUGCCCUUGGUGAUGGGCACCUAUUCAACUUCCUACUCAACACAAAAACUGGUGAAUUAUCUGAUAGGAAGAAGGUUUCUCUUGGCACACAACCUAUCAGCCUUCGUACGUUCUCUUCAAAAGAUGCUACCCAUGUGUUUGCUGCAUCAGAUAGGCCGACUGUUAUUUACAGCAGCAACAAGAAGCUGCUUUAUAGUAAUGUUAACUUAAAAGAAGUCAGCCAUAUGUGUCCCUUCAAUUCAGCUGCUUUCCCAGACAGCCUUGCGAUUGCUAAAGAAGGUGAGCUUUCUAUCGGCACCAUCGACGACAUCCAAAAGCUUCAUAUCCGCACUAUUCCUCUGGGGGAACAUGCUCGUCGAAUUUGCCAUCAAGAACAGUCUAGAACGUUUGCUAUCUGUAGUCUGAAGAACAAUCAGAAUAGUACCGAGGAAACCGAGACACAUUUUGUCCGUUUAUUGGAUGAUCAAUCUUUCGAUUUUAUAUCCACAUAUGCUCUCGACACCUAUGAGUAUGGCUGCUCGAUCAUCAGUUGUUCUUUCUCGGAUGACAACAAUGUUUACUACUGUGUGGGGACAGCGUAUGUCUUGCCUGAAGAAAAUGAACCCACCAAGGGCCGCAUCUUGGUUUUCCUAGUUGAGGAUGGGAAACUACAAUUGAUUGCCGAGAAGGAAACGAAGGGAGCCGUUUACUCACUUAACGCCUUUAACGGAAAGCUGUUGGCCGCCAUCAAUCAGAAGAUCCAGUUAUAUAAAUGGGUGCAUCGGGAAGACGCGUCCCGUGAGCUGCAAUCUGAAUGUGGUCAUCACGGGCAUAUACUCGCCCUUUAUGUUCAAACCCGUGGCGAUUUCAUCGUGGUCGGCGACCUAAUGAAGUCUAUAUCCUUGUUGAUAUAUAAGCAUGAGGAAGGCGCGAUUGAAGAGCGAGCGAGGGACUACAGUGCAAAUUGGAUGACCGCACUUGAGAUCCUUGACGAUGACAUCUACCUCGGUGCAGAGAACAACUUCAACCUCUUCACCGUCCGUCGCAACAGUGAUGCUGCAACUGAUGAGGAGCGUGGCCGCCUCGAAGUUGUUGGAGAAUAUCAUUUGGGCGAGUUCGUCAACCGCUUCCGACAUGGCUCUUUGGUAAUGCGUCUUCCUGAUUCAGAAGCUGGUCGCAUCCCCACCGUCAUUUUUGGGACUGUAAACGGUGUCAUUGGUGUCGUGGCCUCUCUCCCCCACGACCAAUACUUGUUCCUUGAGAGGCUACAGUCCAACUUGGUGAAGGUUAUAAAGGGGGUUGGUGGGCUUAGCCACGAGCAGUGGCGGUCGUUCAAUAAUGAAAAGAAGACAGCCGAUGCCAGGAACUUCUUGGACGGCGACUUAAUCGAAUCUUUUCUUGAUCUCAGUAGAAGCCGAAUGGAGGAGGUUUCAAAGGCGAUGGGGGUCCCAGUGGAGGAACUGUGCAGGAGAGUCGAGGAGAUGACGAGACUGCAUUAAAAUUUGGGGAAAACAACGAUAUGCUAUGCAUGUAAAUUAUUAUUCCUGGGUGGAAACUUAGUUGUUCGUUGUGCAACACUAUGUGGUGUUCUUUGUGUAGUUUUGAGACGAAAUAUCAAACAAUAUUUUUGCUUUUUUGUUGCUCAGGAGAUAAUAGCUGUUUGAUUAUGCAUGUUUAUUGCUUUUUUUCUCCCAGUUGCUUUCAUGGUUUUUGUCUUUUCGGAUAAUUUUGUUAAGUAAAUGAGUAACAAAUUUAAGUUUUAAA